UAGUAGUGGAAAGCGGCGCACGCGUCGAUAAGCGGCAGUGACAGAGCACGCGCCGCGCCGAGCGGCUGUCGGAAAUGUUCGGGACGCAACGAAUGAGGUUACAAGCGGUAUCGUUAGCAAUCCUGCUAGCGAUCAUCGAUCAGACUCAGGGCUUCACACUUCGCUACGAAUACGUGAGGCCGCACGACCUGACUGCAGAGGAAAGCAGAGUUUCAGAAGUUAGACACGAUUCAAAAAGAGACAUCGUGGAAAAUGAAGAGUUCCAAGUUGCUCCUAUAGGUGUCGCGUUGCCACUAACAAUGACCACUCAAACCAUACCAGAGACGACAUUCACCAACGAAAUUGUAACGACUAACGUUAAACCCGAAAAAAAUGAAACUGCGAAUACAAAUGAACAAGAGGCAAAAAAAGUCGAACAUGCAGAGCUUAGUAAAGAUACUACAACUUUACCACAGACCGAAACAACGGUUGUUAUAACUGAAGUACCCGUUAUUACUGAAACAUCAGUUAACAAAAAUAAUGAGUCUAAAAACAUAAACGACAUUCCUACUACAGUUAUAGCUACUUCGCAGGAUGACACUAUAUCAGAACCCCCUAACACCGUAGCUACUACUAUUGAACCUGAAAUAAUUGCUACGACGACACCUUCAUGGAAAAAGUAUACCAAAAUUGAAAGAAAAAAUGUGGAUGUUAAUGAAAACGUUGUACCGUUACGAGCAGAGCGCGUAGGUGAUUCGAUUAACGCACAUACGACCGAAACUCGAGUUAGUCUCGAGAAUGCAUUUAAUUUAGCACCAGACAUACUAUCCCUACAAGAAUUGAAAAGUCAUCUUUUGGAUGCAACAAAUUCCGUACCAACUGAAAUUAACCCUACGGAGAUAGUAUCGAAACGAGCAGGAUAUUUAGAUCACACAAAGCCAGAAUUAGAACCUGCAAUUUCCACUGUCAAUGCAUCGAAGGCAGCUUAUGAAGCUGAUACGGAAAGUGUCGCGUACGAAAUGGACACGCACGAUGACAGCUAUUUUACAACAAAUAAGACGUCUCACAGUCAAAUGGCGGAAGACGCGUUGAAAGAAGAACUUUUAGUAGAGGCCCAUUUAGACGACAAGACAUUUUUCACCCCCACUCCGGAAAGCAAAUUUUAUAUUGAACAAAACGAAAUCACUCCUUCUUCACAAAUCCCACCAACUGGUGGUGGCGAUCAACAACCGUCAGAUGAUUCCCUGACAGUUCGCCCUAUAAAUAGCGAUAAAAAGAGUAAUCUGUACACAGUUAGCCCCAACUACAAGCCUCUUAAGAAGAUAGAAGUCCAGCCUUCAAAACCUUUUGUGCGUGACCCUGAUGACAACAGCUGGCGAAACGAAAGCCUAAGUUCUCUGGGAAUAGUUUUCAAAGGAAAGAACUCAACUAAGGCCUUUACGGAAGUUAUAAAGAAUAAAACUGAAAUUGUCAUGAAUAACACUAACACUACGGAACCAGAGAAAGUAUUAACCAAGGUCGACCUGAGGGAUCGGCUUGAAAAAAUUGCAGAGAAACGGAAGAGGAAGAAGAAGAUUGACAAAUUCGGGAAUACGGAGUACGGUGAUUAUGAGGAAAAUACUUCAGGCGAUACACAUUCGAAGGAAACAACCGAAACACCUUUGACAACUCCACCGACGCCACCGGAAUUAAUUAAUGCAGGUAUCACGUUUGGAUCCAAAAUGGAAGAAUUUACCGAAAAAUACGUUUCUAAGAAACCCAAGUUCACGCUUGAUUAUUAUGAUGGAAAAGACGAUGACGUUGACUACGCAACUUAUCCUAACAUUGAUAUUUUAAAGUCUACACCGCGACCCAGGGUCCAAUGGCCGGUGACACAAAGAAUUUUAGACAACACUCAUAAUGUCAAAACCUACUUACCCGACAGACAGCCUACCGUGCAAUACUUCCCUCCGAGAACCAAAACGCCCAAUGUCCAUAAAUUCCCAGCUUUUAGACACACAGUACAACAGGAAAAUGAGCCAUUUGAGACGUACACGAAACUUACUCCUUCGAAAUAUGUCACCGCUGAUAAAAUCCAACACGUGGAAUACAGGCCAGUGGGCACUGAGGGCUUCAUGAUUCGCCAUUACAAGGACCUUCUAGAAUCAGUAUCCAAGGAUAUAGAGUAUGAUAAAAGUAGCCCGUAUCAAACACCGAUGUCCGACGAAGGUAAAUCAGUGAAAUCGGAGGAAUAUGACUACGGCCAGCGGAAGGAAGGAAUCAAUAAAUACGUGGAUUACUUCAAUCAGAAUCACGAACGAUUCAAGGCCGACUUUCCGGUGGUAUUUAACACUAGCAUAGUACAUGGUGCGGAAAGAGGAAAGGUGCUCGCGUCCUCCACUGCGAUGUUCAAACGAUUAUAUAACGGGGCUCCGACAAAGGAAACAUUCAUUUUUAGUAAUAAGCCUUUUGAUCCAAACUGCGAAAAUGUUACCGUAGAAUUGUCUCCGGCGUAUGAGUUGCAUUAUUACGUACCUGAUCAGGAAGAAACGGCGACAGAUCACACUUUGCCAUAUGGCUAUAGAAAUUAGUACUCCACUUAUGUUUAAAUCAUGGAAGUUUGAAUAUUUUGAAAUGUCUGAUGUAUAUAAGGUGCUGACGCCUAAGACAACCCAUCCAUUAUGAUUAGGAUCUGAUUUUAAAUAUUAUGACCUCCCAACUCCCAUUUUGUACUUUUUACUAAUAAUUUGACAGGCUUUUAAGAGAGAUUUUAUAUUAGUCGAAAAUACCGUCCCAAAAAUUGGCCGUAGGUAUACAAUAAAUGGUAAAUAAGAUAUGGUAUUCAAUCUUGACCUGCUUGAAAUGUAAAGUAUAGAUAGGUUGUAAAAUAAAGCUACUUACUUCUAGAUAUUUAUUAAAAAUAGAAUCAAAUUUAUGGUGUCAUAAGAGGUUAUGUGGCAAAUUGUGGAAAUAAAUGAAAAUUUAUGAAAAAAGGUCGUACGAAAAACUGUAACAUUAAAAAAUACAAAGUAUGAGUGGUAGACUAGACGAAUAGAUAAUGUAACGGAGGACUGAGUAUGAAAAGGAACUUUUACAGAAAGUAAGCACAAUAAUAUAAAAAGUUGUCACAACAUGUCUUCAAAAAUACUUCAACUGAUCUACUUUUUAUAUUAUUAAGCUUAAUAGAGUAAUGUAAUUAUUUAUUUUGGAUAAGUUUAAGGUUGAUUGCCAAAAAGUAUAUUUUUUAAGUUUUUACAAGUUUGUAUAUAAAAUGUACCUACAAAAAUAUAUCUGGUUUGAAUAACUGUAGGAAAUUAGUGUUAAUAAAACCAUAACAAACUGUGGUAUAGCCUUGAAUUUUAUUUUCUAACCUGUAGUUUUAGUAUAACAAGUUUUAAUGGUAGAUAAUACGUACCCGCAUCCAGGCGGC